UUAUCUCACAUUUGCGGGAGGCGUUGCAUAUAUUCUCGAGUUCCAAUUCUAAAUUAACUUUAUUUCUGCAAUGAUUCCAUUUACAGUUGUAUAUUUUUUAUGCACUUUUACAAUUUUACUAGUUCCUAAUUACGGAAAUGAAGCCGAUAAUCAGAUGUCAAUGAUAAAGAAAUUAAGAAAAGAUUUGUUAGAUAAGUAUGAUAAACUUGCUCGACCAGUCGAAAAUACAUCUAUGCCAAUUCAAGUAUCCAUCCAAUUCGUACCGAUUUCUCUGGUGGACUUGGAUGAAAAGACUGCGACGGUAACAUUAAAUGUUUGGAUUCCUUUGAUGUGGAUGGACGACAAACUGAAAUGGAAUCCAGAGGAUUAUGGAGACAUCAUGUGGACUCAUUUGGGACCGGACGAAGCGUGGAAUCCGAAUAUUGUCGUUGUAAAUUGCAUUCCAAUCACCGAAACUGAACAAUGGCACAGAAGCCAUUUAAUAUUGAGCCAUCUGGGAAUUGUUUAUCAAGCUAUACCUGCAACACUUCGCACUCGAUGUCCAAAGAUGUUUACUCAAAACAAAAAUGAAAAAGUAUGCAAUAUCACAAUCGGAGCGUGGAUGAGUAAAGGAAACGAAUUGCAAUUAAUUUCAUAUUGGGAUGAAGUUAUUACGGAAGAAUUGGCGAAUAAUAAUAGCGUUUGGGAAAUCACCGACAUGAAGUAUUACCUUGAAGAUUUCCGAUCGAAUCCUCGAUAUUUUUCCACGUUCACUUUCAGUUUAUACUUGAAGCGUAGAUACGACUUCACGAAAUACGUCACUGACGGUCCUCGAACCGUUGCCAUUCUUUUAACACUGGUCAUGUUUUGGUUACCACCGAAUUCCAAUAAGAAAAUAAAUUUAGGAUGUCUUGUAUUAAUUUUACUUUCAAGCGUAAUGUUAUAUUUAAGUUCUACGGUAUCUUCGCCUUCUCUUUUAUCGUCUACGGUAUCCCCUCUCCGAAAUACGUUUUUAGUUGCCGGUUCGGCGUUACUAAUCGAAGCGUUAAUCUUGAAUCUAUCUAGAUUAAGCGUGGUGCUUUCGAUUUCUCCUACACUCGUCCGUAUUCUAUCUGGUACGGUGGGAAGAAUAAUAGGCGUUUGUCCUCCCGGAGAAUUUAAAGAAGAAGGUGGAAUGACUAAUUUAUCAGAAAAUUAUGAAGAACAAACUGUGACCAAGCAAUGUUUGUCUAGAGAAGAACACUGGCUUAUUCUUGCAAUGACUCUAGAUAGAAUCUUCUUUAUAGUUUAUCUCCUUCUUAUUCUUAUCGUGUAAUUUUUCACGGGAUAAAUUUAAAUAUGUAGUAACGGUUCAUAAGCUCUUUUAAUUAUAUAAUUUUAUUGGAAUUUAAACCGUACUAUAAUUAAAUCAUUUCACUAAAAGAUUACUAAAGAUUAUCACAAUGAUAAUCUAUAGUAAGUUUGAAUUGGUAAUCGAUUUUAUUGAUUCAUUUACAUUGAUUCAAUAUCUGUAAAAUUAAUCAUUUUUAUUAAUUUAAUACUCGAGUUAA